CCUCCGUUCCCUCCCCCGUUCCUUCCCCCGCCGGGCGGGCGGGCGGUGGGCAGUGCCCGCUGGCCGCCGCCGCGGGGCUGGGACGGGCGGUGGGCAUCCCGGCUCCCGCAGCCAUGGCCGAGCCUCUGCGCCGCCGGCUCCCGCUGCUCCCGCUGCUCCUGCUGGCCGCCGGCGGGCUGCGAGCGGCGGAGCGGAGCGGCGGCAGCAGCAGCGCCAUGGAGGAGCUCGCCACCGAGAAGGAGGCGGAGGAGAGCCACCGGCAGGACAGCGUGAGCCUGCUCACCUUCAUCCUGCUCCUCACCCUUACCAUCCUCACCAUCUGGCUCUUCAAGCACCGGCGCGUCCGAUUCCUCCACGAGACCGGCCUGGCCAUGAUCUACGGACUCAUAGUUGGGGUGAUCCUGAGAUACGGGACUCCCUCCACCAGUGGCCAUGACAAACCAUUCAGCUGCUCRCAGGAGGACAGGCCCUUCACCACCCUGCUGGUCAACGUCAGCGGAAAGUUCUUUGAGUACACGCUCAAGGGGGAAAUAAGCCCUGGGAAGAUCCACAACGUGGAGCAAAAUGACAUGUUGAGAAAGGUAACAUUUGAUCCAGAAGUUUUUUUCAACAUUCUGUUGCCUCCUAUUAUUUUUCAUGCUGGCUAUAGCCUGAAGAAAAGACACUUUUUCAGGAAUUUGGGGUCCAUUUUGGCCUAUGCCUUUUUAGGAACAGCAGUUUCUUGUUUUAUUAUUGGGAAUCUCAUGUAUGGGGUUGUGAAACUAAUGAAGCUGGUGGGUCAGCUGUCUGAUAAAUUCUAUUACACAGACUGCCUCCUCUUUGGAGCRAUAAUAUCUGCCACUGAUCCAGUUACCGUGCUAGCAAUAUUUAAUGAGCUGCAUGCUGAUGUGGAUCUCUAUGCCCUUCUGUUUGGAGAGAGCGUGUUGAAUGAUGCUGUUGCCAUUGUAUUAUCCUCAUCUAUAGUUGCCUACCAGCCAACAGGUGAAAAYACCCAUGCUUUUGAUGCAGCAGCAUUUUUCAAGUCUGUUGGUGUUUUCCUGGGAAUAUUCAGUGGUUCUUUCAUGAUGGGAGCAGUGACAGGGGUUGUGACAGCUCUGGUGACGAAGUUUACCAAGUUACACUGCUUCCCCCUGCUGGAAACAGCUCUCUUCUUCUUGAUGUCCUGGAGCACUUUCUUGCUUGCAGAAGCUUGCGGAUUUACUGGUGUGGUGGCUGUCCUCUUCUGUGGAAUUACCCAGGCACACUAUACCUACAAUAACCUGUCAGUUGAGUCAAGAAGUCGCACGAAGCAGCUCUUUGAGGUAUUGCACUUCCUGGCUGAGAACUUCAUCUUUUCUUACAUGGGCUUGGCACUGUUUACUUUCCAGAAACACAUAUUCAGCCCAGUUUUCAUUAUCGGAGCUUUUGUUGCCAUCUUUCUGGGCAGAGCUGCACAUAUCUACCCCCUCUCCUUCCUGCUGAAUUUGGGCAGAAGGCAUAAGAUCAGCUGGAGCUUUCAGCAUAUGAUGAUGUUUUCAGGUCUCAGGGGAGCCAUGGCAUUUGCUCUGGCUAUACGAGAUACUGCUACCUACUCACACCAAAUGAUGUUCUCAACAACUCUGCUCAUCGUCUUUUUCACCGUGUGGAUUGUUGGAGGAGGUACAACCCCCAUGCUGUCCUGGCUGAACAUCAGAGUUGGUGAUCGUGUUCCAUCGGUGGAAGAGAUGAGUGAAAGCCACUGGCUCUAUUUCAGGGUUGGGGUUGACCCAGAUCAGGACCCUCCACCUACUAACGACAGCUUUCAAGUCUUACAAGGAGAUGGCCAAGACUCUGCGCGAAGGAACAGGACGAARCAGGAAAGUGCUUGGCUCUUCAGGCUGUGGUAUAGCUUUGACCAUAAUUAUCUAAAGCCAAUCCUCACUCACAGUGGCCCUCCGUUGACCACAACUCUACCCAGCUGGUGUGGCCUGAUAGCCCGCUGUCUGACAAGUCCCCAGGUUUAUGAUAAUCAGGAACAGCUUAGAGAAGAGGAUUCUGAUUUUAUUCUGAAUGAUGGUGACCUUACCGUGACAUAUGGUGAUACAACAAUAACUGCAAAUGGUUCUUCUGGCCCCCAUACAGCUACCACUAACCUUGACAGCAGGAGAACAAAAAGUAGUUCAGAGGAAGCACUGGAACGUGAUUUGGGAGCAGCAGAUCAUGAAGUUGCAAGCAGGGGUACCCGGCUAGUAUUUCCUCUGGAAUACAAUGCAUGAUUACUGAMUCAGUAAAAAUAACUCUUGCUCUGUGAAUGGAUCAAGGAAGACUGCAGGCCACUGUGUCACUUGAGGUGGGGGUGUUUAUUUAAACAAGUUAACAUGCAUAAGUGGUUUUACUAGGGUUUGAAGAUGUCACCUAUUUUUUACUCAAGAUGCUGACAGUGGGGUUUUCUAUAUGUCUGAAAACAGACAAAUGAGAAAACUGGUUAUUCUCCUCUUUCCAACUGCUUAUUGAAUCCAAGUAUAACUAGCAUGCUGCACUUGCCUUGUUCAGCUGCAGCAGCUCUCUCUCUCAGAAGAGAGGUACAUGAAAACGGCACAGAACUGAGCUUGUCUUGGCUUAGCUUGAGAAUGUGAAAGGACAACUAUAAACUUGAUAAUUAUUGAGACAGAAAAGAUUGUGUGUGUAUCUGAAUGUGGAGAGAUCCAUUGUUAACUUCUCUCGUGAGGUUAAGGAAACUAAAGUGAAAUGGGACAGUAAAAAUUAAGGCAACAGAUGCAUGAAUGAAAGRCUGGAGAAUCUUUUACUGCAAACUGUACUUAAUCUAUUUCAGGGAAAAAAAAAAAAGGGAAAAGAAGAUUUCUCCACUGGCCAGCUGUUUGAAUAGGAAGGCAAUGAGAGCUACUUGUCCCUUUAGCUUUGGGCAACUUGACUAUUACUAACUUCUAGUGCCUCAAAAGAAAAACAUCCAGAUUCCUGUGGUCUAAGAUGUACCUGACCCAACACGAGCCUGGAGCCAGGCUCUCUUGGGGAGCAGUCACAAAGUAAAACUUUCUUUCAUAUGAAGAUAUUUGGAAACUUGGGCUGGGGAAAACAGCAGAUAGGAGGAGGGGAGAAAGAAAGAGCGAGAGAGACAGUAUUGAACUUGUAUGGAACCAGGUUGUUUCAUAUUGCUCAGAAGAAUCCAUGGACUCUGCUUACAGUUCUUGUGUGUGAUAAACAGCAAACAUCUAAUUAAACAGAAAAACAAAUACUACUGUUUUUACCAUUUGUGAUUAUCCUUAAAAGAAAGCUGUUUACCCUUGCUCUCUUUCGCAGAGUAGAUGUGAAACUUCAGUGGGGCAUUGCACAACAGCAUAUAAGCUACAGAAGUGAUGAACUGUAGUAUCAACUUAAAUGUGAAAAGGGAAAAAUCUCUGACUAGUAUUUAGCCCACUUACAUGUAGGCUAGCUUUAACUUAUUGCUAAAUGCUUUUUAAUUUCCAGAUGAGGAGAUAUCAUUGUCUUUGCCAAUAGCUGAAAACGUAUGCUCUGAAGAGCAGUUCAGCUAUUUAAAGCAUGCUAAAAUGUGUUUUCAUUCUCAUGUCUCAAAAGAUUUAUUUUUUUAAAGAGUUCUGUGGCCCACUAAUGUGAUGUAAUAUCAGUUUGUCCAAAAAGUGUGUUUUUCUUGCUGCCAUUUCAAUUGUUCCUCUCAUAAAAUUGUGUGUGAGUAAAUACCACUCUGUUUUUCCUUAACUAUUAAACUUAUUGGGCUAACCUCAGUACGAGAACUUCCUGCUGCAGAGAAACUUUGCAGUUGUGUUGUCUAGUCUGCUUUCUUUCAAAUGUGUUCUCUAAUGGGUGAUCUACCUCCCUGUCUGUUCCUCCAAGGUAAAUUUAUAAAGGAUGUUGAUCUGUGACAACUGUCUCACAUUACUAAGAAAAGAGGUGUGAGGAGACCAGCAGUCUUUGUGUAGAAAAACCAAGCCCAAUAUAGAAUCACAGAAUGUUCCCAGUUGGAAGGGACUCACAAGGAUCAUUGAAGUCCAACUCCUGGCCCUGCACAGAACCAUCCCUAGGAGUCACACCAUGUGCCAGAGAGCAUUGUCCAAAUGCUUCUUGARCUCUGUCAGGCUGGUGCUGUGACCCCUUCCCUGGGGAGCCUGUUCCAGUGCCCAGCCUCUGGGUGAAGAACCUUUUUUUAGUAUCCAACCUCAAUGUCCCCUGACACAAUUUCGGGCCAUUCCCUGGAUCCUGCCACUGGUCACUACAAUGAAGAGAUCAGUGUCUGCCCCUCCUCUUCCCCUCAUGGGAAGUUUUAUACUGUGAAGAGGGAGCUUUGUUCUUAAAUGGUGCAGAGUAACAAGCCCUGAUGAAGAUCACUGAGCACAAUCCCUUUUCAGGUCUGUGCAUGUUUUGCUCAAAAAAGCCAAUUCACUUCCCUGGCACCAAAGGCAAUUUAUCAGUUAAAGCUGAAGAGUUAUGAACAAGUCCUGUGACUGCCAAGAGCACUGCUACAAACAGGGGUGCAACACUGGAAUUUUCAGGGUGCUUUCCAUGAGAGGUGUUCCAAGUGCUGCUGAUGCUGGCUCCAGGAGCAGCUCUGAUGCUCAAUCUCCAGUGAUCAGAAAGGAGGAACACUAUGACAAGUGUGUUUACACUUUGUGUUACACGUCUGCUAUGCAAUGGAAGCUGGCUUUUCUGAUAAGCCUGAACAAGGGUGAAGUAUCACAUACUUGGUACUUGACCAAGUCUAGCCCUAUUCGAAGGAUGCAUGUUUUCUGGCCUAUGAAAAGACCAAAAAAAAAAAAAAUCUUAUUUAAUUUUACAAUGAAGGAAUUGCUUUUGGGGAAAGGAAUUGUAACCAGAGGAGAGAAAAAAAUCUUUUUUUUGGCUGAACUUCCGAAGAGCUGAUUUAAGCAAGURAACAGCAAAGGCUGAAAUGACAUCUAUUAUUAAUGAAAUGAUGGCUACUAUGUGUUACUCCUGGGGGACAGGAAAAGAUCUCACAGUGGGAAGGAAUUCUAGCAACCCUAAUAGGCUGCUCUUGCUCCUUGGAGACCAAAUUCUGUGAUUUUUGUCUUUAGAAUCAGAUUGGGAUUGUCCUUGUAAAAUACCAAUUUAACUUCAAUUGCAGACUUUCUUUAGAKAGUAUUGGUCAGAAAAUUGUCUUUUAGUCUUAUUCUGGACAGUGAAAUCCCAAGAACUAAUGUGCUUCAAAUGCCUUUCAAAGAAAGGUUCAGUGUUUCUUUUAACKCUGAAGCAGCUCCCUGGAAUCACAUGCUUGACCUCAGCCUUGGCAGACAUGAUGUCUGCCUCUGCAAAGUGUGGGAAUGGAAUUUGGAUACUCUCAGGCCCUAACUUGGUGUGCUUUUCUUUAACAUUURGGGGAGGACAUUGUUUGGGGGAGAAACCAGAGAAGUUACAGAUGCAUCAGCAGGGAGUAUUCCUCUCCAAAAUUACUGAACUCAUGACCCACUGAAACUUUAGAAGAAAGGGAAGGCAACCCAUGACCAGGAGCUGCAGACCAUCCAGGAGAAAAGAAGCCAGYAAAUACCCUGGACUGCCAACGAACAAUCUUGGUCAUAACUGGACUUGCAGAAAGUAGGACAAAGCUGCUGAAUGGGUUGAACACAUUUAUCAGUUGAAAUCACGUACAUUARCAAAUUCAAAUGUCUCUGUAUUGGAAAAUACUCUUUGUAAGAAGCAGUCCAUGCAAACCUUAAUUUCAAUGCAGGAGCAGAGUCUUGCUUCCCAAGGUAGAUGGGAGAGUUUAAUAUAGGGAAGUGAAAAACCAUAGAUACUUCUUGGUCUGGAAUUUUUGGGAGUGCCAUUCUAAAAAAAUUACUUCCACUAGAAAUAAGCCUGUGAAGUGAAAGAGGAGGAAAGUGUGAAGGAAACAGUGAAUUACAAAGCCAGGAAAUGGUUUAAACAGGCAGCUCUACUGUGGGAACAGCACUGUAAACAAUUGCUAUUCUUUAAUUUUUGAGUCCUAAAUCCUGAGAAGUUAUGUUGGCUUCUGCACACCUUAUCUAAAACAAGAGCAGUGGGAUAAUGCAAAACUAAWAAAACCACCCCAUCCUAAUUGAUCAUAAAAUCAAAGGCUUUUACAGGGCAACACUGACUUGCUUCUACUCCAGAGCAAGGAAAGCAACUUUGAACAAUUCUUUUUAAGUAACCUCGCAUCAUUACUAUGUUUUCUUGAUUCUAAAAUGCCUUUAGUAAUUUUGAGAGCAGUUCUAUGAAAAUGUCAGUGUGAUAAAUAUGGAGGCGCCUUAUCAAACAUGCACACAUACAAACAGGGUGCAAAUGCUUGUCUGAUAUUUGAAUCUGUGUUGCAGAAUCAAAUGACACUUCAUAUCUUCAUUUGAUAUUUGCAAUUUGUGUAAGUUUUUGUUUUGGAAAUCAAACAGUUGUGAUAAAGCAAUUGAAUAUUAGAAUCAGUUCAGAUUUUCAGCUAAUAAAAUUAUUCUUCUGGUUUGGCUGCUUUAUUCAUGAUUCCUCUGCUACUUUUUUGAUAAUAAUCCAUUUUGCACUGCCCCAUGUGGACUUGCAGACAUCCAAAAUGCCGGUGGGUUUGAAGCUUUAUCUAGGGAGUGAAUGUUGACUGGGAGAGACAGCUCAUUGUAAUUUAUACUGGAUAAAAGGCUUUAUUAGGUGCCUGCACAGUCUCUUAGGAACUUGCUGRUGGAGAAAGGUAUCUGCAGGGAGGGAGAGAAGCUCUGGCUUAUGGAAUACCUCCCCAAAGCUGGCAUGGUAAAGCCAGGGCUCCUAUCAGAUUCAUGUGCAGGAAUACAGAGCCAGAAAGGAUUUCUCUUGGUGCAUGCAAGGGAAUCACAAUCUUUGUCCAAGAAAAAUUUAAAAUAUUUGGGUUAGUUCUAGCAUUUGUUAAAAUACUGCUUUAAAAUUUAAUUUUAUGAAUCCUUAUUUCCUGUAGUUUUUUUAACCUUUUGGAACUAGUAAGUGUCACAUAUAAUCACAUUAGCUAUAGAUUUAAAAAAAGGAGGGAGGGAGGCAGAAAAAUCAGACUUCACUUUGGAGCCUGAGUACAAUUUCAAAGCUAUGCUACUUCACUAACUUAUGCAAAUUUGAUUAAUUAAAUGGCAAUAAUCUGAAAUGCUGCAGUUAACAGUCACGUUCCCACUUCUAAUUGAAAAAAAAAAACCCUCCAGAUUUGCAUUCCCUCAGAGAAAGUGAUUGCCCAACUUAAAAGGGUUUUGCUGCAAUGCUAAAAUACUUAACUUUAGGCUAUGAGAAAUAAAUUGGAUUUAUUUUUUAACUAGUAAAAUCUCUGAAGUUGUUAUUACUGAGGCAGGGAGAAGUAGGUCAUGCAGUUCCGUGUUGUAAUAUGUUUUUGACUUUUGUUUCCAGAUUUUAGUUUAAUCAGGGAGGUUAUCCUCCACUGCCUGAUUUUGAAUUUCAGUCCUAAAUUGCUUGGCUUGAAUGUCUUGAUGUUGACACAGAUUAAUACCAGAAAGCAGAAUACCAGAAGACAUUCUUCUGGAUCGCAUCAGCCGAUUAGUAAUAGYUGUUGUGAAAUAACAGCUUCCAGCACAAGGGGUCACCUGAGGUGAGUUUAUUUGAUUUGAGUUUGGGAUAUCAGAAGUGAAGAAAAAGAAGUAAAAUCACAUGACCCACAGCUGGUUCUGGCGAGGCAGGGAGAAUGUAAACCAUCUAAGGCUGGCCCAAUUUUGUUUCCUUCCUUUAAGGGAGACAGGCUGAGCUGCCUUACUUUUGCAGUUACAAGCUGGGUGCUACAGGUUUCCUGCUAAUUAGUUUCAGUCUGCUCAUAAUGCUCAAUUUCAGAAGCAGCAUUUAACCUGAAUUUUCAGUUUACCAUUCUCACAGCUCCUGCUCUCUUGCCACUUAAGAUAUGAACAUAUCAGUAAGGUUUCAGGAGUUGUCUUAGAGUUACUUCAAACAUCAAAAUGCACUAGGUGUUCAAAGCAUAUCAUAUUGUCCUGACUGAGACUGCUGUGGUAGAUARUCUGUCCAAAACUUUUGGUGCUUCACUUCCCUUCAGGCACCUAAAGCCUGUGUGGUAUGAUAGGUUCAAGCUGGGGACAGUUCAAAUGCUGGGUCAGGGAGGGCUGUUAUAUAUAUUAAGUAAGUCCUAUCCUUCUGAGAGAUAAACAUGGUUUCUUGUGUGCAAGAAACUGAGUGCUACCGCCCCAAAUGCCUUUUACAAUGCUGAAGUAAUUACUGUAAGCAGAGGUUUGUAGAACUGGAAUAUAGUACUGUAUCCCCUGAUACAGCCUCUUCCUUAUGUUGACAGCUACAAUGAUAACUGUCUUUUCACUUGACAAUUUAAAGUGAACAGCAACUCUGCAGUGCCAGGACUUGGGUCCUUGGUCCUCAGCACACCAGUGGUGUGC